UUUCCUCCGCCCUCGCCAUGUUGCUGCCAUGGGAACGGCGUGGGCCGGCAGCGGAGCCCGGAGCCGGAGGGGCUGAGUACGGCCGGGCCAACGCGGGCUCUGAGGGCUCUGCCGCCGGCCUCGGGGCUGGGGGAGGCCGGGCUGCUGAGUGCCUCAGAGUGAGAUAAGCCCUGUGCCUGUGGUAGCUUCAGCCAUUGCUUUUGUCAGACCAAAGGCAUUUGUGGUAAAAAGCCAUUAAAGCGAAGCUGAGAGGCUGAAGAACACAGUGAUUUAGAGGAAAAGGUGGUGUCAGGGAGACUGCAAAGUAAGCAAUGGAGUCAGACGUAAAUGGGAACGAACAUUUUAAAAGCCAGUUUAAAGCUCUUCAGGUACAACAGCAGAGAAGAUUGCAGAAUCUAAUGGAGAGGAAGAAAGAAAAGCAGAACAGUCAGAAGAGUAACAGUGGCAAUGGAAAGGAGACUUUCAACAUCCCGACUGAUCUAAACUUGUUUGAAACAGAACAACCUGUAACUGAAGAUGAGAGCAAAAGAUCGCUUGAGGUUGAGAAUGAACAACUCCAGGAUCAGCUUCGAGAGGUCCGGGAUGAGAACUGCAGACUAUACAAACUGGUGACAGAGAAAGAUUUUGAGAUAAAGCAACUGCAGAAAAAAUUACAGGAGAGUAGAUUGGUUUUGUCAGGGACGUCUGGUUUAGCAGGGGAUGUUGCAGCUACGAAAAUAGUUGAACUGGCCAAAAAGAACCGUGAGAUAAUUGCCGAGACUGAGAGUGAAAAAGCCAAAGUGAAGCAACUGAAUAACAAAGUCAAAGAGCUGGAGAGAGAACUGCAGACAGCGGUGGAAAAAAUACAUUUUCUUAGUGGCAAUGAUGGCAUCAAGCAGUCAGCUCUGAAGAGGACAGAAGAAAACUUGGCUGAAAUUCCAGAGGUGAAAGCAUUGCAAGAAAAAUUAACUACAGCCAACUUCAAAGUGCUGGAGUAUCGUAACCAGCUGCAAUCUGCAAAACAGGAACUGAAGAUGACCCAAAAGCUCUUAGCAAAUGAAGUUGGUGAAGAUGUGAAUAUCCAAAGUCUCUUGACCAAUUCUGGCAGCUGGCGUGGACGGGCCCAGCAAAUUCUUGUUCUCCAAAGCAAGAUUAGAGAGCUGGAGAGUCAGUUGGGUCAAAACAAGAGCAAAACAUCACUGAGUGAAAUGGAUGAGGAACUACUGGCUCUUACCGACCCGAGGAAGCUGUCAGCCCAAGAGAAGAACUUGCUGAAAAUUCGCAGUUUGGAAAAAGAAAGGAAAGAAGCCUUGGAGAAACUCACUGUGGAACAUGAUGCUCUCCAAAAAAAUCAUGAGGAAGUGAAAAAAAUCCUCGAUGCAACAAAAGCCAGGAACAAAGUGCUGUGUGGCGAAGUGAAAACCUUGAAAGGACAGAUCGCAACCCUGCUGGAGAAAGGAAAACACGAUGAUGAGCUCAUCGAUGCCUUACUGAGCCAGCAGAAACAAAUGCAGGAAAUCUUAAAGCACAUGAGCCAGCAGGAUGAGAAGAACAAAGAAUCCCAGCAGUUGCUAGGACAGCACUUGAACAAUGAGGCUCAGAAACAAAACUGCCUUAUAGAGCAACUCAGGCAGAUGGUGGCUGAACGAGAAGCAAAGGUUAAAGAGCUGGAAGAGGAGAUUGGGCAACUCGCACUUCAGAAGAAAUCUGCCCAUCAAGGGGACAAUUCAGGAGCUGUUGUUACACCACCCUCUGCACACUCAGAAGAUCUAUAUCUUUCUGGGCUUAAGCCUCUGACAUCAGCCGGCGAUCAGGUUGGAAGGAUUGCAUCUGCUCGCACCGUGUCCAGAAUGGGCCAUACGCUUAUAGAAUCAGCAGCUACCAAACCUUCCCUUCUCAAUAGCAACAUCACACCUGGAAGGCUUGCUGGCAAUGACAGCCUGGAUUUCAAAGUGCUGCAGACACAGAUCACGGAGCACAAGGCCCUGUGCCAGGCUGCAGAAGUGGAGAGAGACAGGCUCCUGGAGCUGGUCACUGUGCUGCAGAAAAGGAUAGAAGAAGGCAGUGAUAAAGUCCUGGAAACUGAGAAGAGACUUCAGGAAGAGCGGCGGCGAUGUGUCAUUUUGGAGCAGCAGCUUGAAAAACUACAAAUGGAACCAGGAAGGAUCACAAGUACACAGAAACCUCCCCUGAGGAGCAAAACAGGCCAGUCUGCAGGUCAGUCAAGGCUGACCUUGAACAUGAGUGAUAGGAAGGAGCUCUCCGCAGCCCAGCUGUCCAAGCUGCCUCUAGAAUCACAGAUAGAGGAGCUCAGCACAAGGCUUGUGAUCCAGCUGGAUGAGAAUGAAGCUCUGAAGGCUGCUCUGGAGGCUACUGUGAGAAAGAAAGAGGAAGACUUUAAGCUGUACCAGGACACAAUGGAACAAGUGAAGGAUAUCUUUCUACAGGCCAUUCGGCAGCAGAAACAAGAGAAGAGUUAAGCAAGAUAUACAGAGCCCUCUGAACUGCAAAGAAAGGAGAGAAGCCAGGUGUUGUGUCCACGGAUUGAAAUGCACUGGAAGUGUAGUUUUGCAUGUCACAUCUCCAGCUUUUGCAGGAGAGGAUGAGAGAUGAAGAUGGAAUACAAACAGACUGAAGAUUUUGCAUGUUGGCAAAUUUGGGCUGUAAAAGUUAGCAAGCAGGUGGCUGCACAUGCCAGAGUUUGAUGCAGUUUAGAGAGCUGCAAUUCUGCAGAGUGAUUUUGGACAAAGCCUCCCUAGUUUCAUUUAAGAGAGGGCUCGAUAUUCAUUACACUGCUGCCUUUAUCAGCAUAUGAAGGAAUUUGCCUUACAAAAGUUAUGCCAGCCCCCUUCCAAAGCUCUGCCAGGAGCAAACUGAGUUCUCUUGUUAUCAGCACACUGACACCGGUCUGCCUAAGGCUGUCUGUAGUACUUAAGUGCUGAGAGAAUGGGUUAGCCUGCCCUGUGAAUAUCUGCAAGUGCACUUUCUAGACUCUCUAUUGAUCAUCCCAGCUUCUUUCUUAGCUUGAACAUAUUGACAGAGGAGGUUUCUGAAACUCAAUAGAGUUUGCCCUGGAAAGGAAAACUUUGCAGAGCACUCCUCCAAUCAGUAAGACUUACCUUAAAAUGCAGCUCCCUGUAAUAGCUCGUUCCACAUGAAACUGGCCGGCCUGGUUAUGAAUUCCCCAGUUUCUCUGCAGCCGUCCAUCAGGCAGGUCUUGUUCUCAUUAGAAAGAAGUGCUGAGUAGAACACAGGCAGCUUUAUUACAGCAGAGGAGGGACUUUUGAAACUCUUACAUCUCUGUCCUUUUCUCUUGCAGCAGGAUGAGAGCACCAAACGCAAGCUAAUAAGGCAUGAUAAUGCAGCAUGCCAGCAGAGAGCUAGCCUUGGGGAUUACAAGCAAAUAGAGAGCUAGUCAUUUGUGAAUAGUGCUGCCUUGUUUCUCAGAUGAAAGUCUUUUGAAAACUCUUCUCUUUCUGCUUUGUUUUGUCAGCCUCUUUUUGUAAGCGUGAAGUUUGUCAGACUUUAACCCCAGCCAUCACCAUCCCAAAGCAGAUUUGUGGACAUGCCCCCCCCCUCUCCUCCCCUUCCAGAGGCAUCAGAGGAAAGGCCAUCUAACAACCCACAGUACACUCCUGUCAGUUGAGAAGUAAAUCCUACACUGAGAGUUCAACAAAGUUUUGUCCAAGUGAGCUGCACUUCCUUUCUGUUCAGCUCCAUCCCGAUGAUGCAUGAGACAGCACAGACCAAAGGGAGUAACUCAGCCCACCUCCUGUAGGUAUUUUCAGAGCCUGCAGCAGGGAGAUCACCCAACAAACUGCCUGAGCUGUAGCAAAACGUGGGGGUUUUGCUAUGCAGUGGCUGCUAAGCUCAGGCCUGCCAGCUCGCAGCUGGAGAUUCUGAUUUCGCUUACACUGAAGUGUGAAUCAAUAAUAUUUUCCCGUAAGUACAUAAGAGGAAAACUGCUGUCCUUUCCAAUGUGUGGUUGGCAUUUGUGUCCUGUCCUCGUGAUGCUCUCUAGCAAAAUUCUUCCUGAGGUGGCAAUGAAUCAGCCCAGGAAACUCAGAUGAGAAAAUGGGAGUGCUAGAAGAUACAGAACACAUAUGGCUUGAUAGCAUAUGGUACAAACCUCCUAAGUGUUGCAACACUUGUUUCUUUAAGCAUAUGCUUGUUUGGGGUUGCACUGAAGCAUUUUCUCCUUUUUUUCUGAUGCACACAACCAGAAGAUGCCUUGAAGGAGGAGGAAGAAGUAAGUCACAGUGAAACAGCGUAUUUAGGGAGCCUACACCUGCAUGUAACAUUUCUCAUGGCAAUGUGCAAUCUGUCUCCCAUCACAGAGCACCAGGGAUCUGAACUCAGGCCAAAUUCUGCAGAGCUUCUCAGUUUUCACCUUAGUUUUGAGAUAAAUUCCCUUUGUAUUUACCAGCAGAGUGACCCGACUUUGACUUCUGCCCACGCUGACCCUUGCAGCAGCUGAUUCCCAUUUUCUCAAGGUAUGGGAGAGGCACAGCUCACACAGUUUUGUCAGUGAAUUUGAGAAACCAAGUGAGAUCUUUGAAGCAGCCCUAGCUCAGCUGCUGAGCCCCAAACCACUGCAAACACUGCAGAAACCCACACUGCAAGUCCUCAGACAGAGAAACUCCCCAAGCAAUUUGGAUGUGCUGUUUGAGCUAUGUUUUUUAUAAGGAUGCAGCUGAGCAUCUGAGAAAGCUCUGAGUUUUUUCAGUCUCUCUUUGCAGUUUUGAUGACAACACUCCGUGCUACUGACACAGGCUGGUGGCAGGAACAGCCCUAAGGUGAAUUCUUGCUGCAGGUAUUUGAGGCUGUGGACUGUCCUCAUUGGGAUUCAGGCAGCUUUUAGCCACCGUGUGCUAUGAACACAAAUCCAAGGACCAAAGGUUGUUGCAGCAGAGCACUUCCAUUAAGCAGCCAGAAAGUGCCUGACGGAUACAUCCCAUUCUAAAAGUACAGCUGAGCCACUGAGAAUAAAUCCUGUUGACCUUUGA